AUGCAGUCACUGCCGCCACGGGCGCAGAAGCCACAGCCGCAGACCUCGCAGACCUCGCUGCGGUUGAAGGGCUGUUUGAGAGAGUUUUGGGCUCUGCGGAUAAGGGUGCUGAGAGCGGGUCCGACACAGAAUGCAGCGCUGCAGAAGGAGCACGGCAGGAGGCGGAAGGCGUGCCCGGAUUCUACAUGUACGACCCGCGCGCUGCUUAGGCUGCUGUUCACAAUGUUUGAGUGCGACCUGAGCGGCGCGCACUUGGGCGGCCACGUGGACAUGAUGCUGAGGGAUGGCGCUCCGCGGCGGCUGACGGCUGUCGUGCACAUCAUCGCCUAUGAAAAUAUGGCGAUUGGUAUCUACCAGCUGCUUUAG